AUGUCCCAUAGUCCUGAGCACAGUCUGGAGGUGGAGCUGGUGCUGACAGCAGCUCGAGUGGACCAGAGGGACCAGAGGGAGCUGACCAGAGACCAGAGGGACCAGAGGGAGCUGACCAGAGACCAGAGGGACCAGAGGGAGCCGACCAGACCCCAAAGGGACCAGCAGCAGCCUCUUUCCUCUGGUCUGUGUCUAGACGACAGUCUGACCAGUCUCCAGUGGCUUCAGGAGUUCUCCAUCUUGGGCCGACAGCACACAGCACCUGGGAGUCACCUGGACGCCCCCUCCUCUCCUCUGGCAGGAGACCCGGCGUGUGCUGGUUCUCCGCUGACCCCCGGGAAGCCCACCUCUGCUUCCCACUCCCGCUGCCCCCUGCCUGGGAUGGUGGGUCGCAGGCCCCUGCCUGGGAUCGUGGCGGUUGGUCACUGUCCGGACGACGUGGACUACAAGAGCAACCCGAACGUUAAGCCGCCAUAUUCCUACGCCACGCUCAUCUGUAUGGCCAUGCACGCCAGCAAGAAGAGCAAGAUCACCCUGGCCAGCAUCUACUCCUGGAUCACAGACAAUUUCUGCUACUACCGCCACGCUGACCCCACCUGGCAGAACUCCAUUCGUCACAACCUGUCCCUGAACAAGUGCUUUAUCAAAGUGCCGCGGCAGAAGGACGAGCCGGGGAAAGGCGGCUUCUGGAGGAUCGACCCGCUGUACGCCGAGCGCCUCCUCAGCGGCGCCUGCAGGAAGCGCCGGGCUCCUCCUGUUCACAUCAACCCCGCCCUGCAGCACCUGCAGCAUCUCCCGCCACAGACACACCUCCCGCAGCACCUGGAGGAGGCUUCAGGAGCAGAGAACCACGACCCGCGGCUGGGGGAGGGCACCAUGCUGGGCUCAUGGCCCGAGGAGCGCGGGAGAAGGAAGAGGAGGCGAGAGAGAAGGAGGCCCACCUCCCCCCUGCUCUGCAUCGAGGAGACCAGAGACCUGGGGCUGCUUAAAGGAGACUUCGACUGGGACGCGCUGCUGGACUCGGCCCUGAACGGAGAGCUGAGGCUGGAGGAGGAGCUGUCGGUGCGGGGGACUCAGAUCCGGCCCCUGGAGGUGGCCCUUGGAGACGUGUGUGUCCCGCUGGAGACUCAGGACAGCAGCUCGGACUUCCACCAUGAGACCUUCAUGGCCACCUCCUUCCUGGAGACGCCGUGGCCUCAGGAGGAGGAGCACAGGGACUUUUUGAGCGACUCGGGGAACCUGGACCAGCUGUUUGACCUGGGGGCUCCUCUGCUCUGA